AUGAAGCAUCUAGCUUUAGUUGCAGCGGAGCCGUGUUCCACUGACGGACAAGUGAGACUGGCGGACGGCCUGACCGCAAACGAGGGCAGGGUUGAAAUCUGCCUUGAUGGAGAGUGGGGUACAAUCUGCGAUCAUCACUGGGGCUCGUCCGAAGCCCGCAUCGUUUGCCAGCAGCUAGGAUUACCCGCGGAACAUGCCGAUGCCAUUUACCGAUAUGGUGGCGUCUCGGGUCUUAUACACUACGCUGGAUUUAGGUGCGAUGGUACGGAGACGCAGCUUUCGCUCUGCCCGGCUGAUCAAAGAAACUCGAGUACCACACAAAUCACAAACUGCCAACACCUAGAAGAUGCAGGAGUGCGAUGCACUAAUGUUCCCUGUGCUGAGAAUGAUGUUAGACUGAAUGAGGAGAUAGUGCAGGUGUGUCAUGAUCAGCAGUGGGGCCUAAUGUGUGCCCCGAGGGGUAGCUGGGAUCAAAAUGCCGUGCAAGUGAUGUGCACUCAAGCUGGAAGGCCAUCCACAUUCCCACGCAGCCCAAGCCGUAGAGCGCUAUUCUAUGAUGCUCCUGUCAUACUGAAUGACAUAACAUGCAACGGCACGGAAGCUAGCAUUGUCGAGUGUGCCCAAGCUGAUUAUGGCUCCUUCACUGACUGUGCUAAUAUUGCUGUAGCUCAUUGUGAAGCGCAAGAGUCCUGCAGUGAACCAAACGCCAUACGGUUGACAAGGUUUUCAAGUGACACGAUGGGUCGCCUGGAAGUGUGUGCUAACGGCAUGUGGGGAACUGUCUGUGGCAAUGCAGCAACCAUUGCUUUGGUGAGGGUAGCAUGCAGACAGCUGAACCAUGCCCCAGGAGGGUCACUUUUCAGAGAGAGUGAUUUUGCAUUUCUACUUGAUGGACUUGUUCCAAUACGACGAACAAAUGUGGUGUGUGCUGGCAAUGAGGACUCCCUGUCAGAGUGCUCCUUCAAUGGAGCCGAUGGAGACCCAACCUGCACUCAUAGAGAUGAUGUCAUCAUUAUGUGUGCAACUCAGAGUGGGUGUAAUGAGGGAGAUGUUCGGCUGGUAGACGGCCAAACACCAACUGACGGACGAGUGGAAGUAUGUCUUGAAGGGUUUUGGGGCCCAGUGUGUGACGACAGGUGGGACUCCAGAGAUGCUCAAGUCGUGUGUCGGCAAUUGAAUUUCAAUGGACACACAACAUGUGAGGAUGGGACAGUCCACCUGGUGGGAGGAGACGACGUGUCAAGAGGGAGAGUUGAGUACUGCUAUCAGGGAGCCUGGUACUCUGUGUGUGCCAGUGACUGGGAUGACAGUGGGUUGGAGGCACAAGUCAUCUGCGGAAGUCUGGGCUAUCGAUUUGAAUCUACUGUAGUGAACUACGGACGAGGGAAUAGUCCAAUUCUACCAUUCAGUAUCAGUUGCAGUAUAGGUGACAGUGAGCUUGAUGACUGUGCUAAGACUGCACUUGAUACCAGCCAGUGUCCACAUGUGGCAGGAGUCGAUUGUGAAGUUCCAGAGUGUGAUGAUGGUGCGGUUCGUCUGGUUGGUGGAGUGACCAACUCCACUGGGAACUGGAGUUGUGUGCCAUGGAUUGUGGGCAGAGUCUGCAACAGAUUCCAGUAUUGGGGUCCAGACAACGCCAGAGUUGUGUGUCGUCAGUUGGGUUUCCUACUGAAGAUGUACGGGAGUGUGAAGCAGACAAUGGAGGUUGUGAUCACAUCUGCACUGACUUUCCUGGUGGCUACAACUGUUCAUGCAAAGCUGGACGUUGAUGAGUGUGGGGAUGGGGGCCAUAACUGCAGUCAGAUCUGUGUCAACACUCCUGGAUCAUACUACUGCAACUGUCAGCGUGGCUUUCAGCUAGUCAAUGGCACAGAGUGUGAAGUCGUCAAUACGAACAUGUCAUCAGAUAUUGAUGAGUGCAGUGAAGGAUCGAUACAUGCAAUAGAAGGGGACCCACACCGGCUCGCUGUAUCAACACUGAAGGAGCUACAGGUGGAUACAUGUGAAGAGUACGUUGGGUACCGUUUGUCUACCAGUGGUACCACUUGUGAAGAUGUGGAUGAAUGUGCUGAAGACCCAUCACUCUGUACAGAGACCUGUAUGAACACACCUGGUUCCUACAGCUGCACUUGCCCUGAAGGAUAUGAACUUGAUGUGGAUCAGAUAUCCUGCAGAGCUAUGUUUUAUUGCGAGGUGUUUGGUGUGUUCCUUUCAAAUAUCACGUGGCAGAUGAAUGGGAAUGUCCUAGAGUCAGGGGGAGAUAUAGACAUUGAAAUAGACACAAGAGGCAAUCUGAGAAACAGCACAUUAACUAUUCAAAACACGGUACCAAGUGAUGCCGGAAACUACACGUGUCUGGCUGAAAAUGAUGCUGGAAGGGCUUCUGCAUCAGCUCAGCUGACCGUAAACUACCCGCGGGUAUCACUGGGAGUGCCAACCUCUCCAGAGCCGCUGUCCACACCAGAUGGUACCGUCUAUUUCGUCAGCCGUCAGCUAAAUCUCUCAGACACGCGAGACUCUGACUCUGGAACAUACUAUUGUGAAGCUUCCAGUGGCGAGGAACAGAGCCUCAAUGUGGAAGUCUCUUUUCAAUUGAUUAUUAGAGUUGCACCAGUUAUAACAGCAGCUCCUGUGGACAUGGCAGAUCUUCAAGGGAGCACCGUAGUGUUAUCAUGUAAUGCCACAGGGAGACCACGACCUGACAUAACAUGGUGGGGAGAAGACGACAGCAGUGGGAACUUGACUCAAAUUACUGAUGUGACGGGGAAGACCCUAAUUGAUUCAGAGGUGAUUGGUGGAGAAAGGGGAUGGACAAGUAACCUGGCAGUAACGGACAUUCGACCUUCUGAUGCCGGUGUGUAUAUGUGUCGAGCUGACAAUGAUGCUGGACAAGCAGAAGCACUCUCAACACUCACCGUGCUCGUUGUUCCUGAGAUUGUUUUCCCACCUGAGGAUUAUGAGUAUACGACCAUUCAGUUUAUGGAAACUGUGUUUGAAUGCAAUGCCACUGGGAUCCCAGCUCCAACCAUUCAGUUCUUCCUCGAUGGCUCUCUUCUGGAGUCAAAUGAAACCUUUUCCAUCCUGGAUCCCGUGAACGAGGUCAUUGACGUCAGUGGUGAAGGCGACCUGGUGCAUUUGGUGACCAGAAGACUCAUCGUCAGUCCCACACUUGAUGGGGACUCCAACAACUACACUUGUGUGGCCACCAAAGAUAACGGAACUGAUUCAGUAGAGUUUGAAUUGAUUGUGUUUGUUGCUCCUGUAAUAGUGGGUAGGCCAGACUCCCAGAUAGUUUUGAAGGAUGAUCGGGUUGUACUGUCAUGUGUGUCUGAGGGGAGACCUCCUCCAGCCAUCACAUGGUUGAAGCAGUUGGUUCAAGUAGAGGAGAGUGAUAGAGUCAGCAUUGAUAUCGUGUUGCGAGGGACACGUCAGGUUGCGAGCAAUCUCACAAUUGAGCCUGUGCAACCUCGUGACAGUGGGCAGUUCACAUGCAUGGCCUCCAACGUGGCGGGAAAUGAUUCACAGUCAGCUGAUCUUACGAUGCACGUAACAAGUGUUCUAACUAUCGAACCAAUCAUGGGCAAUGACUCUGGUACAUACACAUGUAAUGCAUCGAACACAGUUGGUGCCUCAAUGAUGCCAGCUAGUGAUGAAGAAAGCACUGAAUUAUAUGUCCAAGUUCCCCCAGUUGUUGUCGCUAUUGUGGAAGAAGUGAUUGGAAAUGAAAAUGAAAGUUCAACACUUCAGUUCAGGAUUGACAAUGCUGAACCUGUGGUCGAGCUGAGUGGACUGAGGUGGUUUUAUUCUGCCGAGUUAUCUCAAUCAGCCACCAUGGAGGAUAUUACUAAUAGCACCAACAGAGGAUCCCAACUCAUCACCUCAUUCAGUAGCGAUGGAAGGUUCUUCAACCUAACAAUUGUCAACAUCCAACAGCAUCGCCAGGAGGGAGAGGAGACAGACCAAGGACGAUACUUCCUGCAGGCCACCAACCCUGCCGGAACAAGCUUGGCAUAUGUGGACUUUGAUGCCAAUGAUGUGUAUGAGCUACCAGAAGUCAGUAUUGAUGGGGUUGACCCUGCUGUUACUGGAGAUAAUGUCAUGCUCACCUGUACUGCUACUGGAGACACUCCACUGGUCUACCACUGGACCAUGGAGGGCAGUACAACUGUCCUUAACUCUGACAACACCACUGGAACUUUGGAACUGGCAGAUAUUCAAGAGAAUCAGUUUAGGGACUGGCUCCAACUGCUGGCAAUAACGUCAACACUCACAUUCAGUGUUGGAGAUGAUCUAGUUUUGAUGGCAGUGUUUUCAGACUUCAAUCUGGAGCUGGAUAGUAUAGUAUGGACACAGAAUUCCUCCAUAUAUCUGAUGGAUGGAGUCACCAUAUCAAACACUGCUCUGAGUCCACCAAGUGCUAGCUCCACACUGACUAGACCUGGCAUCACUGGUGUCUCCUAUGGAGGAACAUACAUUGCCACUGCCAGCAACCGGGCUGGAUCUAGUUCAACUACGUUCACUGUCCAUAUUAUUAUUAUGCUGGAGAUACAACCAAAUGAAAAGAAGGAAGCAGUAAUCACAGGUGUAACAAGAGCAGUGAAUGAGCUCUGUCAGUGUGGCUUUUCCCGUGACUCAUUCAAUGAAAUUGAGGUCACAGCUGGUUUUCAGUGUUUUGAGGCUUCUCCCACUGCAGUUACCUUUCGUGCUGAGAUAAUGGAUAUCGCAAAAGCAAACAUCUCGCAGCUGAUAGGCUACAUGGAGCAGUGGGUGACCUCUCAGCCUACUAUUGUGGUCCUCGGUUCAAGACUAAGUAUUGAUAGCGACUGUGAGAUUGAGAUUGACAGCUUCAGUGAGCCUGAGUGUUUGGAUGCAGAUCGUGAGACUCCUCCAGAGAGAGUUGAUGGUAACAGGAUUGGGAACCACAGAAAAGCAUCUUACAAAGUUGAAACUGACUCUGUCUACGAGACUAUACCUGACUCUCCUCCGAUUGUUGCAAUGGAAUUGACCAAUAUUUCUGCAUCCCGACAUCUGCCUGGCAGCCAAAUCAGCCCUACGUCCAUUCCGACAGGGGAGAAUCCAUCUUAUGCUAUUCACAUUGGUACACUGGAUAAUCCAGCCUACAUUAGACAGAGGGGCACCGUGGAUGGUCCAACCUAUGUUAAUGUACAAUCCAAGAAACAUUAACACAGGUGCACAGCCACCUACAGCUAUAACAAUACAGCCACAGAACCACUGUAAACACUUUAAUGAUAACACUGAGGCAUGCUUCUCAGCUGCAGUCAAAAUAUACAAGUGGAAAAUCAUUUCUUCAAAAUGAAGGGGAUAUGGGGAUGGCUUGAAGCACCAAAAAGGAAGAAACAAGGGUCAUUACACAG